UAUAUUCAUGUGUCUCGUAGUUCAACUCCCAGUGUUCGAGCGAUUGUGUAUACGAGUGCAUUGUGGUGAUAACUUGUAAUAGGACAGUGGGAGAUAUUGUGCAGAGAUGGAGAAUGUCAUUAUUCUCCUAAUGACAACCUUAGUGCUGACUGAGGGCACCCCGGUCAUGACGAGACAGGGUCUUCUCCGGCAAAAGAAUCGCGAACAGUUUUGCACCAGUUUACUGAACUUCAACAACUUUUUCUACUCGAUGGAGGAACGCAGAAACGUCAGCGGAAUCCCAGCUGACAUGAGCAUCCAUUGGAAGACUGGCAAUGUGUUUUUCACGCUAAUAAGUGAAGAAAUGAAGAUGAGCCUUCAAGUGUUACACCCCAGUGGGGAAUUCGAGACUAUUAAAGUUGCCGGGCUAGGCCAGUCGACGUGUGUUGAUAACCUCAACGAUAUUGUUUAUCUGGCUACUGAUAACGGCGUUUAUAAAUACAAAGAAGACGGCUCCAUCGAAUUGUAUACAGCUUUGGGAGAGGACGUGAUGUAUAUUGCUGUGACCAGCGAUGGGAAUGCAAUGUUCAUAGCCACUUGGCCUCAAAACAGAGUUCAUAAAAUAACAAAUGAAGGUCAGAAACAGGAGACGUUUGCAGCGAUCCCCAACGGUCAUGGAUUGACUGUUGAUACAAGAAACAACAUAUUUUUUGUAGCUACGAAAACGUCUUAUGUUCUGAAGAACGGGCUGAAUAUCCCUAUCAAAAUCAAAGGUCUUCCAAGCGAUAGGAUGACAGGGGUUUUCGUUAGUCGAUCAGAUGAAGUCUUUGCUAUGGAUGAGAACAGUAAUUUAUACGUUAUUGAUGCAGAAAAUGCUAGUGCACGGCAUUUGGGUAGCUUUAAUGUGGCUGGAGUAAAUUCCUUCGCUAUGGAUUCUGCUGAUAACGUACUUAUUGGAGUCAAAGGAGCAAUAGUGAAGUUUAAUGCGUACGAGAAGAAUCCAUGCUCCGAUUUUGACACGUCUCGGGUAGAGACAUCUGGCAGAAAAAGUAAACGACCAAACACCACUAAGAAAGGAAAGAGACAUAGCCGAAGGCGCAAACACAAGAAACGCUCUACGACCACCACUGAAGCCAACGAUGAUGAUGAAGAGGAAUAAAAUUUAAGCGAUAUUAAAUAACAAUAAGGAAUAAUAAUAAGUUUCAGAUUUUGAGAAAUGCAAUAAAUUAUGUUAAUUUACAA